AUGUCAAAUCAAAGUAGCAACACAUUCAGAAACUUUGACGACGUUGACAGCAACACGUCUGACAAUGACCAUACGCUUAUAUUCGAUUCGAGUAUAAUGCAUAACUUCGAGGAUGAAAUCAGUGAGGAAGAGAUAGAGGGGAGUGAUGAAGAAUACGAAGAUUGUGAAGACGAUAUUGAGACGGAUAAUGAUAACAAUGAGCUUAUAAACGAAGAUAUAUUAAUACCCGAAUCUGAAACAUGUGAUUCGUUAACACCAUGUGUCCUUCUUGAGAAACGGAAUGGGGUUGUAACUCGCUGUGGAGGGACAAAUAAUUUGAGAAGAAUUUGGAAUCUCAUAGGCGCGUGGGAACUCGAUAAUCGAGCCGUGGAUGAAGUAAAUAAACAAGUAGAACGGCUUGGAGUAUGUUAUACUCAUUUUAUGUUUGAUUUCCGAACUUUACACUCCCCUGGAUUGAAGCAAAGCAAAAGCCAUGAAAAGGCUACUAUUGCCAGUCAUCGUUGUGUAUUCUGUAAAAAAUAUUGUCGUGUCUACUACCGUGGGAAGGAAUGUACAGAACAUUGUUGGCUAUUUUUGGGGAAAAAAACACAAGCUCCGUGUAUAGGUCAACACAAUUGCCCAGCGAUUAAAAGUGUUCCACGUGUCGUCCAGAAAAUGACAGAAGGCAGUUCUCAACGACCACAAUACAUUUGUUACACAUGUUAUGAAUUACAAGGCGGACAUUUGCACCAGCAAGGAGAACGGAGUGACAAAGCCUGUGCUAAGACAGAAAAACAUGCAGAAGAUACAACAACAUCACUGGAAUUACUUGGAAACAUGGUAUUACAUGUGGCCAAGAAAGGUGACAGCCCAGUAAAGGAGAGAGUUUUAAGAUAUGCAGUACAAAUGUUGCAGGGUUUACAAGAAAGUGAACCAGAGACAUCUGAUAGAGCCCCAAUACCAAGUCCAUUU